GGGGCGGGCACGAUCACUUUUGUCUUUUGGAUCGCGAGCGGCUGGGUUCACAUUCCUUCUCUCUCUCCUCAGGAGAUUCUCCUGUUGUUUUGGAUUUGGAACUUGGGCAGAUAAAAUAUUAUUUUCGUCUGUAAAAUGGUGUGAUAAUGGCGAUGUGCUGUUGGUUCUGAUGGAGUGACCCGUGGAUCUGUAUGUGGACGGAUCGAGGGACCGACGGAUCUGAGUCCGUUAUCCCGGAGAAACCCACAUCAACACCCGAAACGAGUUUACCAUCAAGAUGAACAACACAGAGAAAGAGAAUCAGUGUGAUGAAGAUUGUUUAGAAGAAGAGGAGCUCGAUCCCAGGGUUCAGGGUGAACUGGAGAGACUGAAUCAGUCCACAGAUAACAUCAACCGCUGGGAGACAGAACUGGAGGACUCCAGACAGAAGUUUCGGACUGUUCUCAUGGAGGCGACCGUCAAGCUGGACGGGCAGGCGAAGAAGAUCGGUAAAGCUGUUGAUGAGUCAAAACCAUACUGGGAAGCCAGACGGGCCGCACGUCAUGCUCAGUUAGAAGCUCAGCGAGCGACACAGGAGUACCAGCGGGCGAUCGAGAUCCUGCGGGCAGCAAAGGAAACCAUUGCGCUGGCCGAGGAGCGUUUACUGGAAGAGGACAGUAGACAGUUCGACUCGGCAUGGCAAGAGAUGCUCAACCACGCCACACAGCGGGUGAUGGAGGCGGAGCACAGCAGGACACGCAGUGAGAUCGAGCACAGAGAAACGGCAGCCAAAUACAACGACGCCAUCGGCCACAUGAGACAAAUGGAGAAGAAACUCAAACGCGCAAUUAACAAGUCCAGGCCAUACUUUGAAUUGAAGGCGAAAUAUUACCUACAGCUCGAGCAACUUAGAAGACGAGUGGAUGAGUGCCAAGCGAAACUGACUCAAGCCAAAGGCGAAUACCGGACCGCUCUUAAAAACCUGGAGACCAUCUCAGAUGAGAUCCACACACGGAGACGACUCUCUGCUAUGGGGCCCAGGGGCCGAGGGGUCGGGGCCGAAGACGACCGGGCCAAUAAUGACGACAUCACUAACUUUAAAAUGGAGUCGGAUGGCAUAUCUAUGAUCUCUGUGAACAUUGAGGAGGAUGAUACUUGUAAUGGUUAUACAUCAGAAGAUGACCCAGAGACACAAUCCACCUGCAGUCUGAGCUCCACUUCUGCUCCUGUAGAUCUGCGCUGCCCGUAUCCCCCCUCUCCUGACUCCUAUCCCAAGCGCUCCUCCUCCUGUCCGUACCCUUCAUCGUCAUCCUGUCCUUCAUCACCGUCGGUCUGCCCGGAUGUUCUUCAGCUGCCGGGCUCCGGGUCUCUGGAGGGUUUUGAGCAGGUGUCACCUGUGCUGGGACCUCGCAGUGAGUGCAGUGGAGCAUCAUCGCCUGACUGUGAACAGGAAAGAGGUGAAAGGGCAGAUGGAGCUGAAGGUAAACCUGAAUCUACAAACAACAACAACAUCAUCACGAGUCAGAAGAGCUCACAGCUGGAGAGUCUGAGCAGAUUAUCACUCCAAACUACUCCAGAUGAUAAUGAAACUGACAGCAUCUCUUACACGGUCACCUCCAACACAUCUGCAGUGCUGCUACUAAACACGGUUUAAAUCUGACACCUUCAGCACAAAAGACUCAAAUCUAAGACUUUCAACUCCACCCAGUGUUGUAUGUGAAACUUUUAUAAUCAUCUCAGUAUUAUCAUCUCAAAACAGACUGAACCCAGAAAACAGUGUUAUGACGUGUAGACACAUCAGCUAUGACGUGACUGGAAUCGUCACUGAGUCAAUGUUCUUCAUGUUUUAGUCUUCUGCUGUGGCGUCCAAUUAACAAACUCAAGGCAACUUCAUUUUAGUCACAUUUUUCUGAAAUCUUUUUCAUGUUGGAUGUUUGUCAGUGACUGAAUGAUAUUUUUAUCUUUUGAAUUGUAGGCCAAUAUCUUAGCAGUAAGAUUUUUGUUAACAUCAACCUGCUAAGAGAGACUCGUUCAUAGUGAUUCUCUAUAUGACUAAAGAAUGAAGCUCAUAAUUGUUAUAAGAAAUUACGGUGAUGCCAGUUUUAUCAGAUAUCUGCACUUGUUUUUUACUCAUUUUUUUAACAUGAUGUGUCAAUGUUCCUCUGCCAUCUCAGACUUUUCUCAUAGUUUUUCUCCACAGGUUUAAUGUAUAGAGGACUUGUGUAGUGUAAAUGUAUAUAUUUAUACUCAAUGUUUGUCUUGUUAUUAUGAUGUUACAAAUGUGUUUUCACUGCACAAAAUUCAUAUUUGUGUAAUAAACAGAUGCUCACAGCAUGA